CGUUGGUGACUGGAGCGAACCUGCCCACCAGCCCCUCCGCUGGCGGGCUCUGCACGGACUACAACUUCCAGCGGGCGCCGCGCGGCCCCAGCUCGGCUUCCCGGCGGCCGAGCGAGGUCACGGACGCACUGUCCUGCCGCGGUUCUCACGCCGGCCACCGAGGACUCGCCGGAGAGGCCUCCCGAGUUCGAGUUCUUCCAAUCUCGGGGAGCGACUUGGACUCCCGAACCCAAUUCUGGAGCGUGGCCAGGCGCGUAGCCGGCGGGCGGGCGGCGCUCUAGGCCAGGCGGCGACGUCUUGGUGGCCUCGGAAGGGCGCGUCCGCCGCUCCGGGCCGCGGGGACCAUGGCCGCCUCGAGAGUUUUUUCCAGAUAAGCUAACCUGAGAAGGAAAUCAAGGGAAGGAGGAGAAAGAGAAAGAAAUGAUUGCUUCUCAGGGAAUGCUGACAUUCAAAGACGUGUCUAUGGAAUUCUCUAUGAAUGAGUGGGCCUGCCUGGACUCUGAUCAGCAGAAUUUGUAUUGGGAUGUCAUGUUCGAGAACUGUAGAAACCUGGUCUUCCUAGCAAGAAAGUGUCAGUUUAUUAUUCAAGUUAUACUGUUUGGCAGUGAUGACCCUGAUGGCUGCAGCGUAUACCAUAGCUUUAAGAUACACAAGGACAUCAGACAAAGAACUCUACUUUUCCACCACAGCUGUGUGUAUCACAGAAGUUAUAAAGUUAUUCCUAAGUGUGGGAAUUUUAGCUAAAGAAACUGGUAGUCUGGGUAGAUUCAAGGCAUCUUUAAGAGAAAAUGUGUUGGGGAGCCCCAAGGAACUGAUGAAGCUGAGUGUGCCAUCGCUAGUGUACGCUGUGCAGAACAACAUGGCCUUCCUGGCGCUCAGCAACCUGGAUGCAGCAGUGUACCAGGUGACCUACCAAUUAAAGAUUCCCUGUACUGCUUUAUGUACUGUUUUAAUGUUAAACCGGACACUCAGCAAAUUACAGUGGAUUUCAGUUUUUAUGCUGUGUGGUGGAGUGACACUUGUGCAGUGGAAGCCAGCCCAAGCUACAAAAAUUGUGGUGGAGCAGAAUCCAUUAUUAGGGUUUGGUGCUAUAGCAAUUGCUGUAUUGUGCUCAGGAUUUGCAGGUGUAUAUUUUGAGAAAGUUUUAAAGAGCUCAGAUACUUCUCUCUGGGUGAGAAACAUUCAAAUGUAUCUAUCAGGGAUUAUUGUGACACUAGCUGUCGUCUACUUGUCAGAUGGAGCUGAAAUUAAAGAAAAAGGAUUUUUCUAUGGUUACACGUAUUAUGUCUGGUUUGUCAUCUUUCUGGCAAGUGUUGGAGGCCUCUAUACUUCUGUUGUGGUUAAGUACACAGACAACAUCAUGAAAGGGUUUUCUGCAGCAGCAGCCAUUGUCCUGUCCACCAUCGCUUCAGUGAUGCUGUUUGGAUUACAGAUAACACUCACUUUUGCUCUGGGCACCCUUCUUGUAUGUGUGUCUAUAUAUCUCUAUGGAUUACCCAGACAAGACACUACAUCCAUCCAACAAGGAGAAACAGCUUCAAAAGAGAGAGUCAUUGAUAUGACCAUGAAGAUGAAGAAAAUUAUCUUUUUAAAAUGUUUCUGCAUUAUUUUCUUUCUUUUUUUUGAGACAGAGUCUCAAGCUGUCACCCUGGGUAGAGUGCCAUAGCAUCAUAGCUCACAGCAACCUCAAACUCUUGGGUGUAAGCAAUUCUCUUGCCUUAGCCUCCCAAGUAGCUGGGACUAUAGGCACCUGCCACAAUGCCCUUUUUUGUUGUUGUGUAUGUGGCUAGCGCCAUACUAAGCUUCAGGCACCACCCUGCACCAUUUUCUAUAUAUGAAAUAAUAGUAUCAGUUAAGGUUCUUUGGUUGCAAGCAGCUACAAACAAACCAACUUUGUCAAGCCUUAAGCAGAAAAAGGAAUUUUAGCCAGGCAUGGUGAUACAUAACCUGUAAUUCCAGCCACUGGGAGGCUGAGUUGGGAGGAUGGCUUGAGCCCAGGAGUUGAAGGUUGUGCCACUGCACACCAGCCUGGACAACAGCAAGACUAACUAUUGGAGGAAUUAAUGAACAAUCAUUUCAGUGAACUACUUCCUGGCUGUACUCAUUACCGUCCCUUUGAAUCCCAAUCAAGAUUCAAAUACUCACGAGGCUACAAUCUUGGAAGGGGACAGUUUCUCCAAAGAAGUGAACAGUGUGUUGGAUGUGUACAUGUAAACAUGUCCCUACUGUACAUUUUUACUCUUGACUUUAGUGGCGAAAUCUGGAAUCUAAUAUGCUUAAAAUUGAGACUGCAUGGAUGAGUCUUUUCUAGGACCAAGAAGAGCGAAUCAUACUUGCUAAUGUAAAACAAUUUUCAUUCUCACUAGAGAAGCUUUGGUUCAUGCUAAUUUGCCUAUUUGUAAAAAUAGAUUUGUAAGAAUAGUCAUCGGUACUCAGAAGACUUCUAUUAGCAUUUAGAAUAAAUCAUAGUCAGCCUGAAUAGAAAUACUGGUAUAUGAGGAGGAUCAUACUAAUGAAACAUCUCACAUUCUGCUCACAUUCACCUAAGCCCUGCUCAUGUUAACUCUAAUCUAGUCACACAAAAUAUAUUGUACCAAUAUGUGGGUACAUGAAGGAGACUAAGAAACUCCUUUGUAAAUAAUGGUUUAAUAAUGAACUACAUUUUACAAAAAGAUCUUAGUACAAUGUCUGUACAAGUAAUUCCUUCCUAUUUAAAUGUAUGCAGUUCCUGAAUUCCCAUGAUAGCUAUCGGUAUAUGUUAACUAACAGGCAAGCAUAAGGUCUGUUCUCUCUGGCAGUAUUUGUCAGAUAUAUAUUGGCAAAAAGACACUUAUUUCUGAGCUCCUUACAUUUUAUUAAGAACUAGCCACUAUUAGAGGAAAAUUGAGAUUUUUUUUCUCCCUUCACCGAUUUUUCAUGAAAACAGAUCAUCUCAGUUGUUAAGAGUUUCUAUAAAAAUCACAUUAGAAUAAACUUCAAGCCACAGUUUAAACUCUGAUCCUUUAGCCCCAUUAGACCUCAAUGCUUUGAGACUGAACCUACUUUUAAAAAUGUAUAUUUAAGUAUUACUGAUCAUAAGGGAAUUCAGAU